CGUAGGGCCGGGGUGUCGGCGCCAGCGGGGACAGGAGAUUGGCUUGCACUGGGCUUUUGUCACGUAAUCAGUCCUAGCGCCGUCAUUGGCUGGAGCGUCCGGUAUAUAAUGCAUCUUCAAGCGCCGUAUCAAUCAGUCGUUUUGCUAGAUACGCAGACGAAGAUUAACAUGAGCACUCAAUCGAUCACCGAGCACCCACUCACCACCUCCACCCUGCGCCGCCACGGUUACUGCCCCUGUCACCAGCGAACAGACCCCACGUGGAGAAAGUGUUGGAGAAGAAAGACCAUCUUUAUCCAUCAUCACACCUGAGAUUAGGUUUCUGGAAAUAUUGAGACAUCCAGGUGGAGAGGCUUUCGGACACAGGGAUAAGAAAGUGGAAGAGGUUGAAAGCUCCAUAUUGUAUGCAUAGAGAUGGUAGAGGAGACCAAAAAAGCAUGAGUUCACCAGACUGGGUGAAGAGAGAGGAACAGUCUUGAGGGACCAAUAGAAUGGAAGAGGACAGCAUGGCCAAAGAGUGAACUCUUUCCAACAAAACUGCCAAGGAAAAUGAUGGCAGAAUCCAUGCCGUUCUGCGGCUCUGCUGGCACCUUGACGGGCAUAGAGCUGGAAGCCUGGUAUGAGGACCUACAAGACAUCUUGUGUUCUGAUGCCAAAAAUGCAGGGGUUCUCCCGUCUGGAUCAGAUGAGCAGAUGCUGCAGGUGGAAACAGUGGACAGUUCUCUUCAAGUUUGGACACUUGAAUCACUAGGGUCUCCUAUACCAAUUAACUUUACUGAAGAGGAGGCAGUUGCUUUGGAAGCUGUUGUAGAACAGUUACCAUCAGAGUGGCUGGAAUUCUUAAACCAGGAAUCUCAAAAUGACUUUGAUAUUUCAUCUAUAUCAGAGCCUAUAAAUAUCCAACAGAGAGGAGCUCUAGAGCUGGACUCCGGCUGCAGCAGCUCUCAGUCACAGACUCUCACAGAGGAUGAGGAGUCUAGUGGCAGCCAGUCUGCAACAAAGAGGAAGAGAAAUGCAUGUCGGAGAGGAGGGAAAGUCCGCGUGAAGGAAAAGGAACAAGAAAAUGAAAAGCAAGUGGCCUAUUUAGUGGCAGAGAAUGAUCGUCUGAAAGGGGAGAUUGAUCGUCUCAGUCUGGAAGUAGAACAGACCAGAAAGUCUCUGAUUGAAAGAAUGGUUAACCUGAAAAAGGUGUAGAACACUGAAAUUGAAAGACUUUUGUCACCAUGGUGAGAGAACAGUGGAGCAUGGUCACUGCGGUUAUAUGGAUACAGUUUGGGAUGAUUAUCCCAAGGAUGGUUGAGGUGGGAGCUGGAGUAGAAGUAUUCACGGACUAAUCUUGAACCAACAAAUGGCUCCCACUGUUGGAACAGGAAUGAGUACAUUGUGUGUAUAUAAGAGGGAAAUCCCUACUAUGUAAAUAGGCAGCAUUCUGUUCAUGUGUUUGUCUUGUUACAUAUGUUCCACAUCUGUAGGUAACUAAUUUUUAUUAUCCUCCCCACCCCAUUUUAGAAUGAGUGAAAUUCUCACUUGUGUAUAUAAAUUAAGUCCUUUUUUUUUUUUUUUUUUUUAUUUGUAUGGUGGAGAGACCAUAGGAUUCCUCUAACAUCAAUAAACAAAUUUUCAUAGCUGAAAUGAGCAUAAAUGGUAACAAUGUUACACCUGUCUGGUAUGUUAAGAAGCUAGGGCUCUGCCACUGGUAGGCGGAUUACCUAGUUGGUAAAUGACAACAUAUUAAGCUGGGUACACACUGGAGUAAAUGUGGAAUGACAAAUUGCCUACUCUGUUCUGAGCGUAUAGGUGACUGCACACUCCUGCUUAUUGCAUCAGAUGCUACAUUUCAUGUUCUGCACAUCAAAGCUAGCAAACUUGUUUAUGCUAAUGGAGGACGGAACACAAUUAUUUUGGCCUUCAUUAAAGUUGCCCCGUGUGUACGCAGAAUCUGGGCUCACAGGCACUUGUGCCAAUGUUGGAUGAAUGCCCAUUGCUCUAGUGUGUAUCUAGCUUAAGGCUAAUGAUGGCUUUAAAUCUCAAAUAAUAAACUUGCCAAGUUCUGUAUUUAACACUGAAAUGUGAAACUAUAAGCACAUAUUACUCUUAAAUGGAUUACUAGUUUACAUUUCAUGGUAAAAUGCAGAAGUUUGUGAAAGCCAAAUCUGCAGCCAAGAGAUGGAAGAAAAAUGCCUAAAAAAUGGAAUGGGGAGUUUUGUUUCUGUAAUGUUGUAAGGCGUGAUCGCUACAAUUAUAACAUAGGAAUUAAGAGAGUAUCUCCUAUGAUCUAAAAACAGGCUUGGAUCUACUGUCAAACAACCAUAUUGGGGAGGGUAAGUGAAUAAAAUUUGAAUAGCUCUCAGUAAAUCACUGACUGUACCCCAUCCUGCCAUAGUUUGUAUGCUGCAGGUCUCUGCAACAUUCUUAACCACUUAACUGAUGCUUUUUUCCCUUCAAAAGCAUUAACACUGUUUUUAAAAUUUUAUUUAUUUUAGUUGAAAGUAUUAUUUUUUUUUAAAUAUUUAAACAUUAUGUACAUCUACAGAACGGAUCUCCUCCACAAAAAUGGGGGGGGGGGGACAGGGGACGAUGCAGUUGCAUGAAAUCUGACCAUGCCAGUUCUAUAAGAUGGCUAUAGAUUUCCUGUGGUGGUAGCCCUGCAUAAUUGUACAGUGGCCACAUGUUCACACAAUCUCUUCAGCGGCAAUAGUAGUAUCGUGGCAUACACUUAGAAAAAUGUAGUGUAUGCAAGGAUGUCUCUGCAUGGUGAUAGUGGCUGGCCCAUUACACAAGGCUAUAAAUGUCUUGCCUAUAAAAAAAAAAAAAAAAAAAAACUGUUUUAGAUAUACUGUUCAAAUUGUUAUGCCACAAAUGCUCAAUCAGAUUGAGGCCUGACCAUUGGCUUUGCUUGUUAUGAGUCUUAAGGCUCAUACAGAUGAGAAGACUUGAAAGAUAAGCGACUUCCCUUGAACACCCUGACAAAUGAUAUUGUGAGUGAUUUUACAAACUACUCUAUGGGGCUGAGCUGCAUUCAUUGACUCACUUCAAAUGAGCACAGGUGUGCUUGUAAUUUGCUGUGUAAACACUAGACUGUUCAAAACUGAUCGCUCAAGUAGCUGGAAAAAGAUCUUGUGGUGUGUAUGGGUCUUUGUAGAAAUUGAUUAAUCUUUGAAUAAUGACAUACUGAAGUUUGUAUUGAAAAAAUAGAUACAGUGCAGGUGAGUCAAUUUUUUUCUAUCUUGUAGAAAAGUCAAAAUUGACACUUAACUAAAAUUACGCACAGUCAUUGUGUGCUUGUGAUGCCGACCUAGCCCCUGUCACAUAGUGGGAAUCGGGGUUAGCCUGUGUAUGCACCUUAAGUCUAGCUAUCCAUAAUUCUAACAUGACCAAUUGUAG